AUGGAGACUUGCCACAAGUGGCUCCUGAUACGGUAUGAUUUUUCUAUAAUUAUUAAAAUAAAUGAAAUUUAUUUUUUUUAAAUAUACAUACACAUUGUAUAGGUGUUUUUAGAUUUUAGAGGAGGAACUAGUCAUUAACGACAAAGAUAUUAUUCGAGGAAAAUUAUUGGGUCAUGGAGCAUUUGAGUUUGUUUUCAAAGCGGUAUGUAAAGGAAAAAGCCCAAUCAUAUUAUACACAUUGCUGUUAAAAUGAUCCAACCUGUACCUUCAGGACCUAAUAGUUAUUUAAUUUAUAUCUGAUAAUAAUGAUAAAUCAUAACCAACGAAAAAUAAUUUUUUUUUUUUUUUUUAAUCGUUUAUUGGUGUAAUUUACAAUCUAUACAUAAUGGUACAAUAAGUAAAUGUGAAAAUAAUUAAAAGGAGGCGGUGAAAAAAGACAGUGAGUAGAAAUUUCUACGUGAAAGUUAAUUUAGGGGGGUUGUGUAUUAAACAUGUUAUGCUAUAUGUGCGUUGAGAAGAUCUCUGGGCCAUUCACGUUUGAGGCGUCUGUCUUAGAUGUCCGGAAGAGCAUUGGUAUGAAGUUGAGCNUCCAUAUUGGAGUGGAGUCGAAGAUAAUAUUUUAUAGCUGUUUGAUGGUAGGGAUUUGGAGGUCGUUGUGAAGAGCAAGAUUUGUGACAUACCAAGGGGCUUUAGCAAUUGUGCGGAGGCAGAUGGCUUGGAAUGCUUGAAUGGUUCUUGUGUUUGAUGGUUUAGCGGUUCUCCAUAGAGCAAUUCCGUAUGACCAGAUAGGUUGCAGUAGAGAUUUGUAGAGUAGUAGACGAUUGGAGAUGGGCAUGGUUGAUUUCAUGAGAGGCCUAAGGAUGUGUAAGCGGCUAUUUAAUUGUUUACAUUUGGUUUUGAGGUGGGGGCCCCAGGUGAGCCUUCUGUCAAACAGUAGACCAAGAUAUUUAACUUUGUUUGUGUGAAGGAUGAUUGCGUUUUCAUAUAUUAUGUAACGACAGUUUCCGGGGCAGAGGGAGAAAGUGAUAUGAGAGGAUUUGGAGUCGUUGAUCUUAAUUUUCCAUGAAUUGAACCAGUGGGAUAAGCUAUUCAGAUGGUUUUGAAGUAGGCCGUUUGCUUCGUGUGGGUCUUGACUGGAAGAAAGUAUUGCGGUGUCGUCAGCAUAUGUUCCAUAUGAAAAAUAAUUAUGGACCAAGUUUUAACAAUUUUCUCUGGACCCUUUCAACCAUCAUCCUUAGAAAAAGAUGGAUAGGUUACUAAAAACCAAAGCAUAUUCAAUUUUAGGUUAAACAGUAAAGUUUCUUGAGGGAGUUGUGUUUAUCUAAAUAAAAAAAAAAACAAUUUAUUCAUUAUAUAUAUUUAUGAGAAUAUUUCACCCCUAGCUCUAUGAGAGAAUGCAGUUUUGUUAUGAGUGAACUUGGAAGUUCCACUGUUUUGUUUGAUUUUAUAGCUGUAGACAGUAAUAAGUAUGCUUAUACUCAAAUUAAAUAUUUUAGUUAUAAUACAUGUAUACAAUUUAUGUUAGAACUUGUGAACUAUGGUGUGGAGAAAAUCAAGGUCAAAUAUCUGUAUACAUUAUAAAAGAAAACGCAACCAUAAAUUAUGAAGUUCUUGAACAUUUUGACACACAAUUUAUGUCUAUAAACAAGUCUCGUGGUAAUAAUUUAGUAUGGUUUUAUACACAUCCAAGUUAGUAAAAAUACUAUUUAAGGAUCAAAUAAUGAUCGUAAUUUUAUUUAUUUUUUUUCACACUGUAAUUAUUUUUACUUUGCAGGUUGUAUUGUUUAUCAAUAGGAUGUAGCUACUAGGACAAUAUUGAACAAAUUGGAUUGCUCAAAACUAAUACUAUUUUAAGAAAGUCUUAAAUCUAUUAGUGUAGAGGAGCGAUUGAGCCCUGGAAAAUGUCAGGUAUUAUUUUUAGAAGUUUAAUUUCAAUUUAAACUCACUAUAAUUGAACUCUUGGAAUUUCAGAUAAUUAGUAUAUGUAUGAAUUUUACCUAGGUACAGCUUGGGACUGUAUAGAGUAG